CAAGAGGAGGGGGGUUCCUGGAGGUUCUGGGCGACAUGCCGUGUUGGACUCCAUGUGCCUUUCUGUUCCCAACGAGCAUCAUCUCGUCCUCAUUCGCGCAAGUCCGCCCCCAUCAACGCUAUCCCCCCGGUCGACGAUGAAAGUCUUCUACCCCAACUAUACCCUCCCGGACGACGAGGCCGGGUUAGUGGCAACGCCCGAUAUGCGCGGCACAAUUGACAUCAUCUGGAGCUGCCUCGCCGCCGUUCUUCUCUGCACUUGGGUGGUGUUGCACGAAAACGUCCCAGCCGAAGGCGACACCCGCGAGGCAAGGUUCCGGGCCCGGCUCCUCCUCGAGGGUUACCUUGUUGUUCAGAAAGGAUGUUCCUUCCUCUAUGCGCUCUUUGCCCCCGAGAUCUUCACCGGAAAAGCAAUAAUGGGUCUCUACUUCGCACGCCACGUCCGGGUCACCAUGAACCGGGCGAUCAAGGAGGGUGAAGACGACUGGACUAUCUGCCACGCUUUUUUGGCCAACAUGGGCGGCUUCGCAAUCGACUUCGACGACAACACGAAGGUCCCCCAGAGCAGCUCCAAUGCAGCAGUGGACGACCGAACACCCACGACGCAAGACAAGGCGGAGAAACCCACUGCAGAAACCUCUGGAGGUAAACCUGCGGGUUUACAAAGCCCUCGCUCCACAAGCCUAGCUUUGUCCAACACGCCACCCCGACAACUAGAGGAACAGCAGCCAAGGACGACGCCGCGCACAACAGAGGCCAAAGAAAACGCUAGCGAUAAUAAGCUCAGAAAACUACUCCUUGCUCUUUAUCAAAAGCACAAGGGCGAUGAAUGGGUCAUCUUUAAAAUUCCAAAAGUCGUCCAAGGUCGUUGGAAAGAAGACGACAGGAACGUCCAGCUCAUCCAAGACACCCUCGAAACAUCAAAACCCGAACACCUCGGCUUUCACUCCCCAGAGUCGUACGUACAGAACCUCAAGGCCCUGCGUGGCAACACAUGGGUGGUCGACGGCAUCCAGCUGGAGUAUGCUCGACGCGUGGGCAUCGUCAGCAAAAUCCCCCGCGUCACAAAGGACGAAAUCAUGGACAAGAGCAAGGGGGACUGCGUCAGCAAAGGCCUCGCGAUCCUGCAGGUCACAUGGCUGUGGAUCCAGCUCGCCGUCCGAGCGGCAACCGGGCUCACAGCCACGCAGCUGGAGGUCAUGACGGCCGCGUUCGCAACGUGCAGCAUCGUCACGUACGCGUUCUACUUUGAGAAGCCCAAAGACGUCAAGACGCGCAUCCGAAUCCGGGCAGCGCAUUACCCCCGGGUGCACGAAAUGGCAGACAUGGGACGGCUGGGGCCAAAGUCCGUGUGGUACCCGAGGGUUUAUCUCCAGAUCGGAAACGACAACCUGCAUCAGAGGGAGGGGCAGAACGCUGCGGCUAUCUUGAUUGUCUUGUGUGCGUUUAUUGGAAUGGUCUUUGGGUCUGUCCACUUCGCCUGCUGGAACUCGCAUUUCCCGACGCGCGGGGAGCAGGUCGGUUGGAGGGUCGCGUGUGGGACCUUGCUUGUGGUCCCGAUGCCCAUUGCGGGUUUUAUGCUGUUGGACGACCAUUUGGACGGAGUGCGCCGCAAGAAGAGGACAAAGUUCCAGCCGGGCAAAGUGCUGAAAGGGAUCGUGCUUUUGGGCGAGGGGGUUUACGUCUUGGCUCGGUUGUAUAUGAUGGUUGAGGCGGCUCGCAGUCUGUAUUAUCAGCCCAAGGAGAGCUUUGUAGCGACAUGGGCGUUUUUGCCGCAUUUGUGA